GUAUACAGACAUACAUAGAGUGAAAUGUGCAUAGGUCGCAGCAAUUCACAUUUCAAUAUGAAGUGAAAAUAAAAACAAAAUAUUCGAAAUAUAUUGGUUGUGAAUUGUUGAAAAAUCCAUUCGAAAUUCAUAUAAUUAGACAUUAUAUCGUCAACAUGUAUGUAGUGCUAAAUUUGCAAACCAGCAAUUCUGUAUUUCCGUUAUCAACAUAAUAAUCGAGGGAACAAAAAUAUCUACGACUUUAAAUUGAAUUGUGAACGAAAAAAAAAAUUCGAAAAAAAGUGAAACAAACAAGCAUUUGAACUAAAAAUAAAUUCUCUCGAAAAGCGAAUCAAUUUGGAUUGCUUUUUUCGGUUAAAAGUCAAAUGAAUCAUACAGUAGAAUGACAUAAUGCAGAGAUUUCAAAAUAGUAUGUGUAUGUGUGCAAAAUUUCGUUCGAAAAUUAAUUGAUAACUCUGUAAAAAUUAAUUGCUGUCGACUCGAAUUUAAUCCAAAUUACCGAUGUGUCAAGUAAAACAGCGUGCGCAAAAGAGCUUGAACAGUCAGUGAGUUUUUUUUUUUUUUUUUUCAUUUUUGGUGCACGAAAAUACAGAAUUUCGACUGUCAAAAUAUGUUGACAUUAUUUGUGUUCAGCAAUUUUAUAUGGCGUAAAUAAAAUUUUGGACUUUUUUUUAGACAUUCUUGUUGUUUUGCAAACGUUUAAAUUCACUGUUGUGUUCAUUUAAUUGUGUCGUUUUUUCCGUUUCCAUCGAAAAUUUAAAUGAGAACAAAAGACCAAUUCUGAUUAAUGGUCAAUGAGAAGUGACAUCGUGCAAGGGACAAAAACAAGCAUCGUGCAUACAAUAAAGUACAUUAAGGUCAAAGAAAAAAAAAGUGUUGGCCACAUUCUGAAUAGGCAAGUCACAUAGAGAACUAUUAAAGCGGCCAACAAUGGAUUCCGACGACGAUACAUUUGAUAACGUUGAUUCGGGAAAUGUAUCUAGUGGCGAUGAUGAUUUUCCAAUCGUUGACGAGGUUGAAAUGGGCAACUCAAGAGAUCGACAGAGUGAACACGAUGAGUAUCCAUAUGAAGGGCUGACAACAGAAGAAAUUGUUCAACAUAUGGUGGAUUGCAUCAAAGAAGUUAAUACCGUUGUUGAGAUACCCGCCACCACGUUACGCAUUCUUUUGAAUCAUUUCAAAUGGGACAAAGAAAAACUCAUGGAAAAAUAUUAUGAUGGUGACCAGGAGGCGUUCUUUCGAGAGGCGCACGUUAUAAAUCCCUUCAAUAAGCCAGUGGCGGUGACAAGACCAAAACUAAAACGUUCCGGCACAGAAGAAUGUGAAAUUUGCUUCUCAAAUUUUCCACCAAGUAUGAUGACAGGAUUGGAAUGCGGACACAAAUUUUGCACACAUUGUUGGGGUGAAUAUCUAACGACGAAAAUCAUGGAAGAGGGUCUGGGUCAAUCAAUAUCAUGUGCAGCACAUGGUUGUGAUAUUAUUGUUGAUGACGUCACAGUUAUGAAACUGGUGCCCGAUUCGCGUGUUAGGCUCAAAUAUCAGCAUUUGAUUACAAACAGUUUUGUCGAGUGUAAUCGAUUGCUUCGCUGGUGUCCGUCAGCAGAUUGCUCGUAUGCGGUAAAGGUGGCUUAUGUUGAAUCACGACCGGUUGCUUGUAAAUGUGGCCACAUCUUUUGCUUUGAAUGCGGUGAAAAUUGGCAUGAUCCCGUUUUAUGCAAGUACCUCAAGAAAUGGAUUAAAAAAUGUGACGACGAUUCGGAAACAUCGAACUGGAUUGCGGCCAAUACAAAAGAAUGUCCAAAAUGUAAUGUAACUAUUGAAAAAGACGGCGGAUGCAAUCACAUGGUGUGCAAAAAUCAAAAUUGUAAACACGAUUUUUGUUGGGUAUGUUUGGGAUCAUGGGAACCACACGGUUCAUCUUGGUAUAAUUGCAACAGAUAUGAUGAAGAUGAGGCCAAAGCUGCACGUGACGCUCAGGAAAAAUUACGGUCAUCAUUGGCCAGAUAUCUUCAUUACUACAAUCGUUAUAUGAAUCACAUGCAAUCGCUAAAAUUCGAGCAUAAAUUGUACAAUUGCAUCAAGGAAAAAAUGGAAGAAAUGCAACAGCACAAUAUGUCUUGGAUUGAGGUUCAAUUUUUAAAACGUGCCGUCGAUAUUUUGGUUCAAUGUCGACAAACUCUAAUGUGUACAUAUGUUUUUGCGUACUAUUUACGCAAGAAUAAUCAAUCGCUCAUUUUUGAAGCGAAUCAAAAAGAUUUGGAAACGGCCACGGAAAAAUUAUCGGAAUACUUGGAACGUGAUAUAACAUCGGAAAAUUUGGCCGAUAUCAAACAAAAAGUCCAAGACAAAUACCGAUAUUGUGAGAAGCGUCGAAAGGUGUUGCUCGAUCAUGUGCACGAAGGAUAUGAAAAUGACUGGUGGAUUUACACUGAAUGAUUUCAAAUCGGAAACCGAAACCGUGAAUUGAAUUGUUUUUUCUCAGUGUCUCUUUCCUAUUCUGAUAUGAAUUAUUCCCCUACAAUUUUUCUCUCAUUUGUUUCGUAUACACAAAGUGUUAUUUUCUCAUCAAAAAAUAAAUAUAUUUUAGUAGAGUGAAUUCAUAAAAAAAAAGAUUUAAAAUACAUAACGUUUAGUCGAAACCUUGAAAGUAUAUAAAUAAUUCUAUUAUCCCGUGUAAAUGAAAAAUUAAAAUCAUGCAUAGACAUUAGAGGUAGUAUACAUAAUUCAACAAAAUUUACAAAACAACAAAGCAAUGAAAUAUUUUUUCAAAAUAUUUUCCCGAAUCCAAACUCUCAGAGAGCAAUCGAAAAGAGAACAGACGAAAAACUUCUGUGAGAUUAGUUCGCUCAUCACAAAAAUUGUAAAUAAUUGCAAAUUGAAACGUAUAUGAAUAGAAAUACAAAACGAAAUUAAUAAAAAAGGAAUAUUUGAACUAAAAACAGUGUAAAUAAACAAAAGUUUCCUUUCUAUUAGACUUCCUUUGUUUGUCCACUUUUUUGAACAUUUCCGAGGCAAUUCUUUUAUGUUUGUAGAAAGAUUUUAAAUUUAGCCAAUAAAACAAAUUCGAUUCGUAUAUGUAAUAUAUUUUGUGAAAACAAGCACCAACAGUUUUGCAUUUCUAUACAAGAUCAGCGGAUCUAAAAAAAAGCAUACAAAUAAUUGAUCGCAAGAAAAGUCGAAUGAAUUUUACCAAAAUGGACUUUGUUCCAAAGAAAAUCUGUAAAAAGAAUUAUUCUUUACGCAAAAGCAAAUAUUAAACGAUUGACAAAGAGAAAAUGACACAAGACAUCUUAUAGGUUUGAUCCAUUUAAAAAUAAACCACCAGAGUGAAAUUAAGAAAACAAUAACAAAAAAA